AUGGCAGCCACCACGGGCUGGGGAGUAAAAGUCCGUCGCAAUUUUCGAUUGUUGGAAGAACUGGAAGAAGGCCAGAAAGGAGUAGGAGAUGGCACAGUUAGCUGCGGUCUAGAAGAUGAUGAAGACAUGACACUUACAAGAUGGACAGGGAUGAUAAUUGGGCCUCCAAGAACAAUUUAUGAAAACCGAAUAUACAGCCUUAAAAUAGAAUGGGGACCUAAAUGCCCAGAAGCACCCCCCUUUGUAAGAUUUGUAACAAAAAUUAAUAUGAAUGGAGUUAAUAGUUCUAAUGGAGUGGUGGACCCAAGAGCCAUAUCAGUGCCAGCAAAAUGGCAGAAUCCAUAUAGCAUCAAAGUCGUCCUGCAAGAGCUCCGGCGCCUAAUGACGUCUAAAGAAAACAUGAAACUCCCUCGGCCGCCCGAAGGACAGUGUUACAGCAAUUAAAAAGAAAAACCACAGGCCCUCCCCUACCCCCCUCCCAUUCGAUUUAAGCAGUCUUCAUUUUCCACGGUAGUAAAUUUUCUAGAUACGUCUUGUAGACCUCAAAGUACUGGAAAGGAAGCUCCCAUUCAAAGGCAAUUUAUCUUAAGAUACUGUAAACGACACUAAUUUUUUUGUCCAUUUAAAAUAUAUAAGUUGUGCUAUAAGGAAUGAUCCUGUCAAGUGUAACCACUGUCCACAUAGUUGAA